AUGCCUAUCAUGUAUUCAAACCGAUCGAAUACCAUCUCUACGGAAACUCGGCAGUUCGAGGACGACUGGCGAGUGAUCAAGGAUGUUUUGGAUAAGACUCUCCGGGAGCAGCUUCUCCAAGGUCAUGAACCGAGAUUUACCAACAUCUCAUACGCGGAGUAUAUACAAGUUUAUUCCAAGGCGUGGAACUUCAGUAGCCGACGAAAACAGCGUAACUACUCGCCUAAAGCUACCGAACGAACCUAUUGCGCUCUUUCGAGCUAUUUCUUCGACAUUGCCGACAAGAUGGUUGCUUAUACCCCUUCCAGCACCGAAGGCGAUCUUGCGAUUCUAGUGUCAUAUGUGAAAUCGUUUGAGCCCUUCGCGACAGCCGCUGUGUUGCUUGUCCGCCUCUUUCGGAUGUAUGAGGACAAUUUCCUCCGGGAGAGGACCGAAGCGUGGUUUAAACAACCGAUGUGGCCAGGUCGUUCACCUGUACCGCCCGGGAUGAUGCUGGUCGAUCCCAAUCCUCCGAAGGUCACCAUUCAUGAUGGACAAAGAUCAGUCGAGGCCGUUCCUGUAGAGAAGCUUGUACCUGUACCGAUCGAGCACGCCGCCAUCCCCGAGGAAAUCAUGCGAUGGGACAAUGCAACGGUCGAUAUCACUCACGAUGAUACCCAUGUCGCCCGGCUGCUCUGGCCUGAGGGCGAACCUACUCUCUCAGGCAAUGGAGACCAUAAGUUGCACGAGAAGGACAUCUUUGCUGCGCGAAAGUACGCACGCUUGCCUGCCAACACGUUCAUGCCUCUGGUGCCAACGCUGCUUCGCCUUUGGAGGCUGGCGACAUUCAAGCAUUUCACCUCGGAUGAUAGACCCCUCCUUUCCAUGAUCAUUCAUAGGCUCAAGGAGGCGGGAGAACUCGAACAGAACGUGGAUUCGGUCCGGAUGAUGUUGAAGAGCUUUUGGUGUACUGGGGUUGUGGAGCAGGAUCUGGGUUUUGCAGACCUGGUAGACGUGCUCCGAUCAGUAGCGUAAUGAGGACCCGCACUUCGUCUGAGUAGUUGAAGAAUAGCGUUUUCAGCAUGUUUAACUAUGAAAAACAAAUGAAUGAGGCCCGAUGCGAGUCAUCGCAUUCC